AAAGAAGAAAAAGAAAAAGAAGAAGCGGGCAAUCAGAAUAUUUACAACCCCAAUUAUUGAAGGUAUAUUGAACGCGCGUUUCCAUGUUUAAAUGCCUAUUAUUUUAGUCUUAUACGCGGAUAUACGUUUGUGUAAACAUUCAGGAGGGAAUUUGUCAGGUGUAAGUGGAGAGUUUUUUUUAAAUGUAUUUGUGUAAAUGCUGGAGUUGUGAAGGAUUUACAGUGAAACAGAGUGAAGAUGAGCAUCACUCCAGCAGAUCUGAGUCCUGCUUCAUCCUCAGACCACAGGGAGAAACUGCAGGAGCUGCUGACCGCUGUCCGAGACCUGCACGACACCGCACUGCAAGAAUUACAAGCAAAAAUAGCUAAACUGAAGAAAGAGCGCUGUCUAGAUGCUCAGAAAUUGAGUGAAUUUCACAGCAAGAAUCAACAUUUACGAGAGCAACAGAAGAUCCAGCAGGAGAAGAUCAGACAGCUGGAGGACAGGUUGCGUUCUGGACCAUGCGAUCGCUGCACUGUGAAAGAGAAGCAGAUUAAAAAGACAAACACUGAGCUUGAAGAUAAUAAUCAGAGAAAUCUGUCUGUCAUCUCUGAGCUUGAGGCUGAGAGGAAAACUCUGACAGAUGAAAACAGGAGACUGAGUCUUGAACUGGAGCGACUCAGGAGGUCUGGUUCUCCACAGAACACGUCCUCUGAGGCUGAGGAGGGAAUGAUCCCAGACUCUCCUCUCCGGCCGCUGUCUUUACCCGUUGCCAGCAAGAUGAAACGCCGGAAAGAGCAGAACCACGUCCGAUACACUGAGACACCGCUAUCACUCUCACACCCCGAAUCCAGGCAAAGAGAGCAAUCUGUGGCUUUCGGCUGUAAUGGCAAAGGUGUGCUGGUUGCUGAGACAUGUGAAAUGGAUGCGACUAGUGUUGCAGAGCGUGAUAACAAGAGACAUUUCAGGAUUGUGGUUCCCGAGACCUGUCGUCCAGACGUCUAUCCAGAACAGGUUGACGACGUCGACGAUGAUGAUCUUCACAUCCCAUCACACACCGAACAAAACCAAAAACCGGAGUUACGUGACUGCACAAACAUCCUUAUUGCAGGCCAGAAUGACGAUUCUCCAUUAAUUUUGCGCUGCCGCCCGCUGGCCUCACAAGAUCAUCAGUCGUCCAUAGAUGAUGUUUUACGCACACCUGCAAAUAGCAGCACAUGUGUGCUAACGAAAGGGAAGAGAAAACAUUCGAAUGGUGCAAAAAAAGAUCGGGAGAUUUCUGAUUGCCGUCUGGAUGCUGAUGAGACAGAUAUCAAGGGAAUUAUAUUUGCUUCCACUCCAGCUAAUGGUCGAUUACAGAGCAAGAAUCAGGAAACAAGCGAGAUUGAAACGACACAGGAUUCAAAGAAGAAAUGUUUGGAUGGACACACACCUCGCAAAAGUUUGGUUCAGAACCAUCAUGCACCUUUCCCAUAUGAUCAGAGCUGGAGUGUGGAUCCAGGAGCUGAUCUCGGUCAGUAUGAUACUGAGAGCUCUCCUCAACCGGAGCAUCAGGCCAGAACAGACUUGGAGACGCUGGACACCGACUGCACAUUUGUGAGCCACAGUCUGCUGUUGAGAGGACAGAAGACAACGGGACAGUCCCAAACCACCGGAAUUGGGCAGAAGGCAAACGACAGCCUUGCUGAUAUCUUUGAUAAGACGGGAUAUGGAGAAUACGAGUCUUGUCCGCAGGAUGACAGCAUUGAUCUCAAACAAGAUAGUGUAUAUGAGGAGGAGAGAGAAGAAGAUGAUCCUGAAGAAAAGCCAGAGGCUGCAGUGGUUUUUCGCCGACCAGCAGACCGCAAACCAUUGGUGUCUGAUAGUGAUAAAUCCAGCAGGAAUAAGUCUUUCGCUUGUGUGGAGGUUGUGCGUAAGAAAGACGAAAGGAGAAAACUGAAAGGCCACUAUUGUAAAGAGUGUGAAGUUUAUUAUGCAGAUCUCCCAGAGGAAGAGAGAGAGAAAAAACUGACUUCCUGUUCACGGCAUCGCUACCGCUACAUUCCUCCUUCCACACCAGAAAACUUCUGGGAGGUGGGAUUUCCAUCCACACAGACCUGCGUGGAAAGAGGAUACAUCAAAGAGGAUGAGCAGCCGGACGUGCGAAUUCGCAGGAGACGACCGUACCUUGCCAUGUUUUCACCCAAAGCCAAAUCACAAAAAAAGAAGCACUGAGUCGAGCUGUUCACACACUUAAAAACCACUCUGACACCUCAUGGAUCGAUAUGAAGCACAGUCUGCUUAUGCCCCGAGUCACAUCUGCUUAAAACAAUCUAUGUGCGUUUGUGUUUAAGUAAUUCAUUUUCAGAUUUUAAGAAAUCACCUUGAUUUUGUAAUGGGAAUUCAGAAAUAAGUAAAGAGUUUUAAGUUUUGUACAUGUGAUUUUGACUAAGAAUUGAAUAAUUCUGUAAUAAAAAUUAAAAGU